AUGGCCGAUUCAGACCCGAACAAUGCCAUUCGUGAUGACGCCCCGCCGGGUGAAGAUUCGAUACUCUCGUCGCGAGGACUCGAGGCCUUCACAAGAAAGGUAACGACAACGGCGAGCCAUUUAGUAGGUCCCGGGUCCGAUCAGGCUGGGAACCACUAUCACAACGCCAUGGCUCAAGUUCAUAAGCAACUGAGGAAGCCUGGCAUCCAACGAGGCAUGUUCACCAUGGCUCGGACGACGCCAACUGACUUGGUUCGCUCUAAGUUCUCUACCGCCGAAAUCCAAUCCCGCGCCUUAGCACACCUGCCCGACGACAUGCUUAAAAAUUUACCCGAAAAUGAAAACGCCUAUUCCUUAUUUCAAGGCUUCCAAGCGACUUUUCCCGAGUUGACACACGAGGGCAAAAAACACAGGAGAAAAGUCUCGAGAGGGAGAAAAAUGCUCGAAGAGAGCCCGACAACGUCUGAUAACCCAAACCACCUUCAUAAGCUAAAGAAAGAAAGGUCGUCGCUUAUGCAUGAGCUUGAGAUGCUUAGCAUUCGGAAGAAUAUGGCAAGUUGUGAGAUCCGCGAGAUUGAUAACAAGAUCGCCAAUUUAGCUGGAAUGAGGCGCAUCAUUCUUGAGAGAUUAGCAGGCUUAGAACAAGAAGAAGCACUUUUGGACCAUGAUAUUGUGGAUAUGGAGGGUCGGAUAGAAGACGCUCAGACCCUCUUUGAUGAAGCCGAGUCGAUAGCUGCUGCUGUCGACACACCAAACAGAUCUGAUGAUGACGACUUGGUAACGGAUCAAGAUACAGAUGAAUUUAUGUCAAAAUCUAUAUACGAGAAGCUUCCUUCUACUCCAUCCAAGAAGAAACACAAGACCAUGAAGCGAAAGUCUAUGCCUAUAUUGCAUGAGCAUUUCGAACCAGGUUUUAUGAUACGGGAAAUUAAGGCUCACGCUGAUAACAUCACGACGUUGGACUUCGAUGUACCUUUUGGCACUCUGGUUACGGCCUCUAUGGAUGACUCGGUUAGGGUAUGGGAUCUGAAUGCUGGACGCUGUAUUGGAUUACUUGAAGGCCAUACCGCACCGGUACGGGCACUCCAAGUAGAAGACAAUAUCCUCGCUACGGGUUCUAUGGAUGCCACUAUCCGAUUAUGGGACUUGAGUAAGUCACAUUACGACCCACAAGGCAGUCAAUUUGGCAGGGACGACGAAGAUGACGACGGCAUGGCUUUUGAGAACCCCGAUGAUCAACCAGUAGACCCUCCUGAGGGCAGUAUGGCAGAUUGUCCACUCUUUACUCUGGAAUCCCAUGUAGAUGAGAUUACUACUCUUCACUUCCGGGGCAAUACCCUCGUCUCCGGAUCGUCGGAUAAGACGCUCCGCCAAUGGGAUCUAGUGAAAGGACGAUGCGUACAAACCCUUGAUGUGAUGUGGGCAGCAGCUCAGGCUUCCGUUUCUAUCGGCACGGGUGAAGGGACCUGGAGACAAACCGGCCGGCCACCAACAGCGUCAGCUGAUUUUGUGGGUGCCUUGCAAGUCUUCGAGUCCGCUCUAGCCUGUGGUACCGCCGACGGCAUGGUUAGACUAUGGGAUUUGAGAAGUGGACAGGUUCACCGCAGCCUCGUUGGACACACUGGACCGGUGACAUGCUUGCAGUUCGACGAUGUACAUCUUGUGACGGGUAGUCUGGACCGAAGUAUCCGGAUAUGGGACCUACGUACAGGCUCUAUAUUUGAUGCCUAUGCGUACGACAACCCAGUCACAAGUAUGAUGUUCGACAACCGGCGCAUCGUAAGUGCGGCAGGCGAAGACGUUGUCAAGGUUUACGAUAAGAUGGAGUCGCGGCAGUGGGACUGCGGCGCGGGUAUCACGGAAGCGGACGGAAGAAGGGCACCGGCUAUUGUGGAGCACGUUCGCAUCAAGGAUGGCUACCUGGUCGAGGGGCGUCGCGACGGGCACGUGGGUGCUUGGGCGUGCUAG